UUUUCCCUUCAUUCUUCCUUUUACAUCACAACCCAUUACUUUUUUUUUUUUUUUUUGGCAAGAUUCACAGCAUUUUUCAGGCUUGUUUGGAAUCAUAGUCUUGAAAUUUUCCCUUUUGGAUUUUAUUUUUGUGAACUGUUGUAGACUGUAGGCUUAUUUCUUAUUUGGAAAGGUUGAAUUUUGAUCUUGGAAAGAUGUUUUAAGAUUCAAAUGCUUUGUUUGGAAUCAAUAAUUGGCGUUCGGAUAUUGGAAUCAGGUUUGUUUGGAAUCAAGAUGGUGUUCUAAUCUUGUGAAGGUUGAAUCUUUAGUGGUUUUGUGAUGUAUUGAGUGAUUUUUCUGAUUUGGGUGUGUUUGAAAUGCAUUUGGAACUGGUUUAUAUGGUUCUUUGGUUAUCCGUUUUGGCUGGAAUUUGAACUGAUUCAAGGUUUUCUGAAUCUUGAGGUUGUUGAUUCUUUUGUGGAUAUGUGGAUGAGGUUGUCAUGGUCAUGUUACUAAGUGUUAAUUGUGGUGGAAUUGUUUUUCCGAAUAGGCGGAUCGAUGAUUUAAAGUCGGUUAGUUGGGAGUGGAUUCCUUAUAGUUUGUGUAUGCAUUUUCAAGAUCCUUAUUCACAUGUAUACUUGGUUAGAACCAAAAGCAGUUGGUUCAAUUGAACCCCGUGCUAAGGGCUAGUAGUGCCCUUACAACGAUCCCGAAUAAUAGGAAAUGCUUGCAAAGGGGAAAAUGGGUGAAGAUCUCCUUACAACUUUAACCAUUGAAAGCAAUCAUUUGUCCACCCUCUUGUCCAUGGAUUCCGGUUCAUCUUCUCAUGAUGAAAUGGAGAGGGAGUUGAUCCGAACUGUUAACCAUUUACAGCCGCCUGAUAUCAAUCUCCCACUCGAGCCCAGCCCCCCUCCUCCAUCGUGGAAUGGUACGUGUGAUAUGCUUGUUGUAGGCCUUGGUCCCCAACAUUAUGAGGUUGAGACAAAUAUUAGUGUCGUCACAAAGGUUGGAAAGAAGUGUGCCAAGCGGCUUGAUAGUAUUUGGGGGGCUUGGUUUUUCUUCACUUUUUACUUCAAGCCAGCUCUGAAUGAGAAGUCGAAGGGUAAGAUUAUUCACGAGGGUAACGGGGUUUCUCGGUAUGAUAAAUCGGAUUUGAAGCAGGAUGUUUUUCUUGUUCAGCAUGAUAUGGAGAAUAUGUACAUGUGGGUUUUCAAGGACAGACCUGAAAAUGCUCUCGGCAAGAUGCAAUUGAGGAGUUACAUGAACGGGCAUUCACGUCAGGGAGAGAGCCCCUUUCCUUUCACUGCAGAUAAAGGUUUUGUUCGAUCUCACAAAAUGCAGAGGAAACAUUACAGAGGUCUUUCCAACCCUCAGUGCCUUCACGGAAUUGAAGUUGUUAGGUCGCCGAAUCUCACUGGUCUUGAUAAGGAGGAGCAAAAGAAGUGGAUGGAGCUUACAGGCCGAAACAUGAACUUCACGAUUCCUGCUGAAGCCAGUGACUUUGAAUCAUGGAGGUGCCUUCCAAAUACAGACUUUGAGCUUGAGCGGCCUCCUGCAUUGAAGAAUAACUCAAUUCCCCGUCCAGAAAGAUUGUUAAAUGGCUCUGGUCUGAAUCUGUCUACUCGACCUGCAAACCAUGUAAACGGAGAAGGAUUAAACAUUUUGUCUGUCUGCAAUAAGAGGAAGAGGAAUGGAUUUCCUCGAGGAAACAAUGACGAUGGCUGUUUACCUAAUACUCAACAUCCGGAGAGGCUUCCGGAUACCCAUCCAAUUAGCCCACCGUGGCUAAGAGACUUCUCUGGUGCUAUGCAAACGGCAUCUGGUCCAGUUACAGCUGCAAAAACUAUUUAUGAAGACGACGCAGGGUUCAUGAUACUUGUUAGUAUGCCUUUUGUGGAUCUAAAAAGUGUCAAAGUUACUUGGAGGAACACAAUCUCUCAUGGGAUAGUGAAGAUAUCUUGUAUCAGCACCGGAUGUAACCCUAUCAUCAAAAGGCAUAACAGGACUUUCAAGCUAUCCGAUCCAUCUCCCGAGCAAUGUCCUUCAGGGGAAUUUGUCAGAGAAAUCCCCCUUAGGACACGCAUUCCAGAAGACGCUAAACUAGAAGCAUAUGGAGAUGAGACGGGAACUAUGCUCGAAAUUCAUGUGCCUAAGCAGCGCGUAGGACCAGAAGAGCACGAGGUCCUAGUGUGCCUUCGCCCCUCGCCUUGGACCACACAUGCAUAUGUUGAUUUGACAGAAGCAAUGGCUUGAGCUCUCUCUCGUAGGUAGUAGUCAUUAUUUACUGACCUCAAUGGAAACGAUACUUAUAUUUUCUUCUAAUUCAUCGGGAAAGAAUCUUUGUUCUUUUCGCGCUCAUCAACCAAUGUGGAACACAAGAUGCUGAUUUUUGCAUGCCCCUCAAUGUCCACACCAUUUUGUUCC